CUCUCCAAGCCUACUGUGCUUGGACGCUGUCACAGGUUUUUAUUCUCUGAAGUGGGUACAUCAGAGCCACCAGGCGUGAGCUGUGUUGACUGCCAGUACUUAUUUCUUUGCUCUCAGUUAUGUCUGGGACGAUGGCUCUGCGGAUCCCGGGGGGCCUUUGGACAGCAGCUUUGAUGGUGACGCUAGUGGUGCUGAGCGCCCCAGUGGCUGAGGGCAGAGAUUCUCCACAGGAUAUCGUGGUCCAGUUUAAGUGCCAGUGCUACUUCACCAACGGGACGCAGAGGGUGCGGUACGUGGCCAGAUGGUUCUACAACCGGGAGGAGUACGUGCGCUUCGACAGCGACCUGGGGAAGUUCGUGGCGGUGACCGAGCUGGGGCGGCUGGACGCCGAGUCCUGGAACAGCCAGCAGGACAUCCUGGAGCGGAAGCGGGCGGAGGUGGACACGGUGUGCAGACACAACUACCGGGUGAUAGAGACCCCCACGACCCUGAAGCGGCGAGUGGAACCUUCAGUGACCAUCUCCCCAUCCAAGACAGAGGCUCUAAACCACCACAACCUGCUUGUCUGCGCGGUGACAGACUUCUAUCCAGACCACAUCAAAGUCCGGUGGUUCCGGAACCACCAGGAGGAGACAGCCGGCAUCGUGUCCACCCCCCUUAUCAGGAAUGGGGACUGGACGUUCCAGAUCCUGGUGAUGCUGGAAAUGACCCCACAGCGAGGAGACGUCUACACCUGCCACGUGGAGCACCCCAGCCUCCAGAGCCCCAUCACGGUGGAGUGGCGGGCACAGUCUGAAUCCGCCCAGAGCAAGAUGCUGAGUGGCGUCGGGGGCUUCGUGCUGGGGCUGCUCUUCCUCGGGCUGGGCCUUAUCAUCCAUCACCGGAAACAGAAUGGUCUUCGUGGAGCUCUGCCAGGGCUCCUGCGGUGACUCCUGAGGACACUUUGACUGGCCUUGGUCUUUUCUCUUCUGAAAUGCCUGCCUGCCUUUGCCCAGAAUUCCCAGCUGCCUGUCAGCCUGUCCCUCUGAGACCUGAGUCCUACAGUGACGCUGAUGGAGUCAGGUCACCUCCUGCGACCCCCACCCCAAGAAUCUGCCUGCCAGUGCUGCUUCCUGCAGGACCCCGGGAGCCUCCCAACAGCAUCUGCUCAGGCCCCACGGCGUUUUCCUGUGUCUUUUCUCCCCCCACAGACUGUUCAAGAGAAGCACCAUUUACUUGCCUACAGCUUUCAUCAUAAUUAAACGUAUUAUGAAU